GAUAAUAAGCAUAGAGGAAAACAAAGCAGCAUAGUCAUGGAAGGCUUGAUUCCCUACCUACUUCAAGCUAUGAAGAAGCAGAAAACUCACCGCAGCUUCAGGUCUAAGUCUAUGGACUCUAGCAGAAGCUACCAUCUGAUGAUUGGCGGUGGACAGGACUCGCUUGAGGGCUCAUCUCACCGGCGAACCAGGUCUGAGUUCCAGCCACCUAACGAGGAAGUUCUGGAGCAGAGUGGGUUUAGCAAGGGUACUCUCAACUACCCAUCAACGGUUGGUGGCUCAAACAUGAUCAGCAGCUCUUAUCCUCAGCAACAACUGUCCCAGCCAAGCUACAACAUUGCUCCCAAUCUUCGACAUAGAAGACAUUAAGUUUCAAAGAUCAAACAGAAAAUGCAGAGUUUGAAGUUAAUGAUUCGAUUGAUUUGUUGAAUGGUCUUUCUUCUAGUUAUUUGGACAUUAUCUGCAAGUGUAUCCUGUUAAUUAAGAUAUUGUCUUGAUUCUUAAAUGUUGAAUUGUGCAUUCAAACAAUUUAUGUAAUGAAAAUGAGAGAGCUGUCCUGCAAAUGCCACAUGAUUUGCUAAAUAAAUUCAGUUUCUCCUU